AUGGAUUCAACAAAUAGUACUACCAAUGAUGGCACCAAAAAGAAGGGGAAAUUUAUAGUCUUUGAGGGACUCGAUAGGUCGGGAAAAUCGACUCAGUCGAAACUGCUAGUGGAACACUUGAGGAGGAAAAAUAUGGAAGUUAACCAUUUGUGUUUUCCCAACAGGGAAACCCCCACGGGACAAAUAAUCGCCAAGUAUUUGAAAAUGCAGAGCAACAUGACGAACGAAACCAUCCACCUACUGUUCUCGGCAAACCGAUGGGAGCUAAUGGGUGAAAUUAAGCGCCUGCUUGCAAAGGGCGUAUGGGUCGUCUGCGACAGAUAUGCCUACUCGGGGGUGGCCUACUCUGCGGGAGCGCUUAAAUUGCCCAAAACCUGGUGCAUGAAUCCCGACCAAGGCCUAAUCAAACCGGAUGUCGUUUUUUAUCUCAACGUUCCUCCCAACUACGCCCAAAACAGAUCAGAAUAUGGUGAAGAAAUUUACGAGAAAGUCGAAGUCCAGAAGAGGAUAUACGAAACGUAUAAAAAUUUCUCGCAAGAGGAUUAUUGGAUAAACCUUGAUGGGACCAAAAACAUCGACGACAUACACCAAGAUGUUGUAAGUGAGAUAACCAAACUGGAGACAGUGCAUGAAGAGCUGUUCACGUUUUUGUGGUC